AUGAUUGUUGCAAAACUUUUAGGUAUUAUUCGAAAUUUUUAUGGUGAUCGUGUACCAUUAUUUCCAAUUUGGUUACCAUAUGAUUGGCGUAGUAUUUCAUGGAUUUAUGUUGGAACAAUGACAUAUCAAUUUAUAGCAAUUUCUUUUCAAGUAAUUGGAUAUGCAGCAAAUCAAUUAUUUGGACCACUUACAUUUUGUAUGAUGAUUGCACAUACACAAAUUCUAAAAAAUAAAUUACGAUCAAUUGGUCAGAAUAGAGAAAAAUCAUUAGAAGAUAAUCAUAAAGAAUUGAUAGAUAAAAUUGUUACAUUUCAAAUGACCACCCAGUUUAUGUUAUCAUCAUUACAAUUAACGAUGACAAUUGUUUUGACUAUUUAUUUUACAACUAGUUUUCAAGCUACCAUGUAUGCAGGACUUUAUGUAUUAAAUAUUGUUAUUAGUGAAGUACUUUUUGCAUGUUGGUUCGGUGAACAAUUAAAAAGUGAAACAGAUGAAUUUACAAAUGCUUAUUACGAUAUGAAUUGGAUUGAUCAGAGUCCAAAAUUUAAAAAAGAUUUAUUAAUGUUAAUGCAACGUUCUCAAAUGAAUUUCGAAAUGAUGGCAGGAUUUAUGGCUAUAAAUUUGAAAAGUUUUGUAUCGAUAUUAAGAUUUGCCUAUUCAGCAUCUUUGAUAUUAAGAAAUAUGAAAAAUCGGGGAGUUUAA